UCUGUGAUCGAAUCCAAAUACGUUUGGUAUUCCGAGGAAGAAGACCUCACAAAGAAAUUUUGCGUGCAAGAGGGUUACCAAAAAGUCGUGCCAGUCGACGACCCUAACACGGAAUGCUGUGCCUGUGAUCAGGCAAAAUACGAAAUGGAAUUUAUAGGAAUAUGGAGCAAAGAAACGCAUCCAAAAGAUUAUCCAACGCUGGAGCAUCUUACACAUUUCACGGAUAUGUUGGGCGCCUCCCAUUCCAAAAAUUAUUCCCUUUGGAAAAUUGGAGAAGUUUCCACAGAUGGAAUGAAAGAAAUUGCUGAAUGGGGAAAUACAUUUAAAGCUGAGGCUGAGGCAAAGGAAAAGGCAGCAGAAGUGCGUACACUGAUGAAGGUCAAAGGACUUUGGUACCCGGAAGUUCAGAGCAGAACAAAAGCAAAUUUCGUCGUAAACAACCUCACUAGCGACCAUUCCCCAAAUUCUCCGCAAGAGCCGCGAGUUCCCAUCAAAUGGAUUACCACCAAAGACGACCCGCUUUCUCCGUUCUACUCUACCGAAACUGAUGUUAUCCCACCAAUAGCAAAGUUGAUUUUGAGGAGGACA